ACGGGGCUAAACUUCUCCGAAGCAACCACUAAUGAGGAUGAGGAAUUAACUAAGGUACCAAAGAAGAUCAGGAGGUGGCCCAAUGUUACGGAUGUUGCGGAGUACUUUGCUGUUGCCAAGGCAUCCGCAAGCUAGAGCAUUUUUCCUUCUGAGCUAUUGUCUCCGUGGCCCAAAUCCUACUUUAAAACAGCGUCAUCCCCCGUGAAGAUAAUCACUAAGGUAUAACAUAGCGCCUUUAUCCUUCCCUAACUAUUUUCAGUUUUUCGCCGCCUCCUGUUCAAAACGUCCCUCUGAAAAAGAAGUAAUAAACGAACAAAAACAAUCAACCAUCAUGGCUUGCUCCCUUGGUCUCGACUUGUCCCAGAAGGGCCUUGCCCUCUACACUAUCCCGGCCGCCCUUUUCCUUGCUCUCGUCCCUAGCGGCUACGCCUUAUCACUCGCGCGUUCCAACGCGGACAUCCACGAGCCUCGCAAGUUGCUCCAGCGGGUUGAGAAAGACGAGACGCUCGACAAGCGGAUCAAGAGCCGCAUCAUCCGAGCCAAGGGCGCUUCGGAAAACGCCAUCGAAACCCUCGGCUACCACGCCGUCGCCGUCGCCGCCGCUGUCUUCUCCGGCGUCGAUCCUUGCGUCGUCAACGGCCUCUCCCUCGGCUACCUGGUCGCCCGUGUCCUCUUCGCCUACACCUACGUCGUUCUCCAGGACAACCGCCGCUUCGCUCCUCUGCGCAGCCUCUUUUGGUUCGUCGCCCAGGGCAUCACUUUCACUCUCUACUUCAAGGCUGCCCGUGCCCUUUCGGUCUGAGCUGGUGGGAUUCUAGCAGAGAGAGUUGGAGCGGAAUGAAGGGGAGGGAGGCACUGGGUUCCCUUCUUUUGUACGUGAAAAUGGCUUGUAAAUAAUACGCUUUUACCAUGUAUUAUGAGUUUGACAAUGCCCCUCUGAUCCCCCUCGGGAAUGUACAUACAACCCCCGUCCUAAUCCCAUACUUGAUCGCAGGAACACCAUGGAUUCAGAGAGUAGAGAAUUUGAUGUCAUCUCCCUCAGUGCGUAUCACAUUGCUCGGCAUUGAUUGGCAGUGUAGAUAGUUUGCUGAGUCUGUAUGACCCAGUCCGAUCCGCUUCGCUGGCGUUGACUCGGAUGAGUGUUGCCCGAUAAACAGAAAUGACCAAGAGUCACGUUCA